AUGAACGUACAAAAGCAGAGCAGCAGCCUACUGGGGGAGUGGAGCAGCAGCGUACUGGGGGAGAGGAGCAGCAGCCUACUGGCUGAGAGGAGCAGCAGUGUACUGGGGGAGAGGAGCAGCAGCCAUCUGGGGGAGAGGAGCAGCAGCGUACUGGGGGAGAGGAGCAGCAGCCUACUGGCUGAGAGGAGCAGCAGCUUACUGGGGGAGAGGAGCAGCAGCCUACUGGCUGAGAGGAGCAGCAGCGUACUAGCUGAGAGGAGCAGUAGCUCACUGGGGAAGAAGAGCAGCAGCCAACUGGCUGAAAGGAGCAGCAGACUACUGGGAGAGAGAAGCAGCAGCCUACUGGCUGAAAGGAGCAGCAGCCUACUGGCUGAGAGGAGCAGCAGCCUACUGGGGGAGAGAAGCAGCAGCCUACUGGGGGAGAGAAGCAGCAGCCUACUGGGGGAGAGGAGCAGCAGCCCACUGAAUGAGAGGAGCAGCAGCCUACUGGGGGAGAGGAGCAGCAGCCUACUGGCUGAGAGGAGCAGCAGCCUACCGGGGGAGAGGAGCAGCAGCCUACUGGCUGAGAGGAGCAGCAGCCUACUGGGGGAGAGAAGCAGCAGCCUACUGGGGGAGAGGAGCAGCAGCCCACUGAAUGAGAGGAGCAGCAGCCUACUGGGGGAGAGGAGCAGCAGCCUACUGGCUGAGAGGAGCAGCAGCCUACCGGGGGAGAGGAGCAGCAGCCCACUGAAUGAGAGGAGCAGCAGCCUACCGGGAGAGAGGAGCAGCAGCCUACUGGCUGAGAGGAGCAGCAGCAUACCGGGGGAGAGGAGCAGCAGCCUACUGGCUGAGAGGAGCAGCAGCCUACUGGGGGAGAGAAGCAGCAGCCUACUGGGGGAGAGGAGCAGCAGCCCACUGAAUGAGAGGAGCAGCAGCCUACUGGGCGAGUGGUGCAGCCAUCUGGGGGAGAGGAGCAGCAGCCUACUGGCUGAGAGGAGCAGCAGCCUACUGGGGGAGAGGAGCAGUAGCCUACUGGCUGAGAGGAGCAGCAGCCUACUGGGGGAGAGGAGCAGCAACCUACUGGGGGAGAGGAGCAGUAGCCUACUGGGGGAGAGAAGCAGCAGCCUACUGGCUGAGAGGAGCAGCAGCCUACUGGGGGAGAGGAGUAGCAGCCCACUGAAUGAGAGGAGCAGCAGCCUACUGGGGGAGAGAAGCAGCAGCCUACUGGGGGAGAGGAGCAGCAGCCUACUGGCUGAGAGGAGCAGCAGCCUACUGGGGGAGAGGAGCAGUAGCCUACUGGGGGAGAGGAGCAGCAGCCUACUGGCUGAGAGGAGCAGCAGUCUACUGGGGGAGAGAAGCAGCAGCCCACUGAAUGAGAGGAGCAGCAGCCUACCGGGAGAGAGGAGCAGCAGCCUACUGGGGGAGAGGAGCAGUAGCCUACUGGGGGAGAGAAGCAGCAGCCUACUGGGGGAGAGGAGCAGCAUCCUACUGGCUGAGAGGAGCAGCAGCCUACUGGGGGAGAGGAGCAGCAGCCCACUGAAUGAGAGGAGCAGCAGCCUACUGGGGGAGAGGAGCAGCAGCCUACUGGCUGAGAGGAGCAGCAGCCUACUGAAUGAGAGGAGCAGCAGCCUACUGGGGGAGAGGAGCAGCAGCCUACUGGCUGAGAGGAGCAGCAGCCUACUGGGGGAGAGGAGCAGUAGCCUACUGGGGGAGAGGAGCAGCAGCCUACUGGCUGAGAGGAGCAGCAGCCUACUGGGGGAGAGGAGCAGUAGCCUACUGGGGGAGAGAAGCAGCAGCCUACUGGGGGAGAGGAGCAGCAGCCUACUGGCUGAGAGGAGCAGCAGCCUACUGGGCGAGAGGUGCAGCCAUCUGGGGGAGAGGAGCAGCAGCCUACUGGCUGAAAGGAGCAGCAGCCUACUGGGGGAGAGAAGCAGCAGCCUACUGGCUGAGAGGAGCAACAGCCUACUGGCUGAGAGGAGCAGCAGCCUACUGAAUGAGAGGAGCAGCAGCCUACUGGGGGAGAGAAGCAGCAGCCCACUGAAUGAGAGGAGCAGCAGCCUACUGGGGGAGAGGAGCAGCAGCCUACUGGGGGAGAGGAGCAGCAGCCUACUGGGGGAGAGGAGCAGCAGUCUACUGGGCGAGAGGUGCAGCCAUCUGGGGGAGAGGAGCAGUAGCCUACUGGGGGAGAGAAGCAGCAGCCUACUGGGGGAGAGGAGCAGCAGCCUACUGGCUGAGAGGAGCAGCAGCCUACUGGGGGAGAGAAGCAGCAGCCCACUGAAUGAGAGGAGCAGCAGCCUACUGGCUGAGAGGAGCAGCAGCCUACUGGGGGAGAGAAGCAGCAGCCCACUGAAUGAGAGGAGCAGCAGCCUACUGGGGGAGAGGAGCAGCAGCCUACUGGGGGAGAGGAGCAGCAGCCUACUGGGGGAGAGGAGCAGCAGCCUACUGGCUGAGAGGAGCAGCAGACUACUGGCUGAGAGGAGCAGCAGCCCACUGAAUGAGAGGAGCAGCAGCCUACUGGCUGAGAGGAGCAGCAGCCUACUGGGGGAGAGGAGCAGCAGCCUACUGGCUGAGGAGCAGCAGUCUACUGGCUGA